GAUCACGGCGCGCUACCGGGGCUCUGUGGCGGCGGCUCGGCGCGGCGGCAGUUGGGGCUGCGGGCGCUGACGUGAGGCGGGGCGGGGCCGGCUGUGGGAGAGCCGUGAGUGUCCCAAGACGCGGGGCCGGCUCUGGCUGAGCCGUGCCACACGCGGGGCCGCCUCUGGCUGUCCCGAGUCACUCGUGGUGCUGGCUCUGGUGAACCCUGAAUGGCACACGCGGGGCUGGGGGGCCUUGCCCAGGCGCGCUGAGGGAGCUCAGACCAGCGUCACAGCUUUCGCAGUUUCCCCCUUGUCACCCGCACGCUGCCCUUCGCCAUCGCGCCCUCGCCCGUCCCCAAGCCAGGGCAGCUGCAGCGGCGGGAUUGGCCGGAUCCGCAGGGAGAAGGCGCGGAGCUGGCACAGAGGGCAGUUUGUUGUUUGUUUACGGGCGGCGUGUGGCACGGGGUGCCCCGAGUGCCCCGUGGUAUCGUCAGUCACCAGUGUCUGAACUGAUUCCUGCCAACCCCGAUUUGGCACCCUCGGAGCCACAUCACCCCUCCCUGUGCAAACAAAGAGCGGGAGGUACCAGCAGAGUGCACAAACCUGGGCGUAGGAUUCCCUUCAUCCCGCGUGAAAAGGUGGUUUCGGACACACACUGCAAGGGGAUGUGUUUGGUGACUUCCUCCCCAAGGGAACCAGGGGACAUGACUUCAUGCCACUGAAGCCUUGGGGGCCACGUGUGCCCCACUCUGGUUUUCUUUGGGCAGCAUUUCCCGGGGUGGGGUUUGAUUUCUACUUUCAGUAUCUCUCCUGAAGGCUCGUUUUGCCAAGGGGGAAAGUCCCCCGGCUGCCCUUCCUUUGGAUGGCACGGUGCCCUGCACGGCCACGCCGCUGGGUUUCCCUUGUCCGCCCUUCCCGGCAGCCGGGCGUGAGCCCCGGGAGGAGCCGGGGCGGCCCCGGGGCCCAGCGCCCGGCCCAGCUCUUUGGACCGAGCUGUUAAUGGGUAACCGGGACACGGGACCGGGAGCUGCGGGGCCGGCAGCGCUGGCGGGUGAGUGCCGGGGGACGGCGGCUGCCAGGGCGGGGGAACCGUGAGGCCAGGGAGGGCACGAGGCCACCGGGGGUGUGAGGGCGCGGGGGAUGAGGCCACCGGGGGUGCAGAGCGUGGGGUGCAGGGACACAGGGCAGAGGCUGCAGGGGACACAAGGAACAGGAGUGCGCGGGGACACAGGUAUGCAGGGGGCACUGCGGGCACUCCUCUGCUCUCUCCCUCAUUAUCUGCCUGUCCGUGUGGUCCCGCUCCUGAGGGGACGGCCAAUGAGACUGCACCAAAAAGACAAGAGAUUUUGGGGCUGGCAGAGUGGGGAACAAGGAGGUGGCAUCAUCCCUGGCAGGCACUGAGCCUGAGACAGCAGCACUGCCAGGAACCCGGGAUGGUCCUGGAACUCCGUGAGAUCCUGGAGGUGUCACUGAGGCCAGAUGGGCACUGGGGAGUGUCCUUGGAGUGGUGGUGGACUCGGGGAGGGGGGUCCUCCUGAUCUCUGCCAGGGUCCUGGAGAGACAUCCCUGAGCACCAGGAGCACCAGUGAUGCUGGAGGCUCUGGAGGGGGUGUGAGCUCCUGGGUUCCCACCAUGGCCCUGGGUCCUGCCCUGCUGCUGCGGAGCCAUGAACCCGGGGACACACGGGGCCAGCACGCCCCAGUGAUUCCCCGUGGUGGCUCUGCCAGCCUGUGGAGCGCUGGCCACUCCACCUUCAGCUGCCAUGAGGUCCCAUGAUGAGGGGGAUGUUCUCCAAAACUCCCCACCUUCACCUGUUGCAUUUGGGGCUGAAUCUUUCCCUUCAGUGGACACUGAGAGAAACUGGCAAUGACCCUGUGAUCUCCUCCUUCUCCACACAGAGCUCUGCAAUUCUCCUCAAAGCAAAGACAACAUCUUACUGCCUCUGUCCUCACACAGAAGUGCUUCUACAGACAAUCACUGCCUUGCCUGCAACUGUCUGCUCUUCCCUCAUCCUUUUCCAGGUAGGGGAACUGGGAGGGUGUCCAAAUGCGAUGCUCCAAUGGUUCCUGCCCUGACAUAACACUGGUUCUUCUGGGUUUGCUGGACCAGUUCUCCCAGUUCUCUUUUAGGACCAGUCCCUAUGCAAACUACCAGUCAUUCCUACCCCUCGUUCCUUCACUGUGUUAAUUAUCAGCAUGAAAGGAUCUUCUUCCUCAUCUUACUUGGUUGUACCAAGACCUUUUGAGGAUGAAGGAUACUUUUUGAAAACUCCCUCUUGCAAAGGGGCUCACAGAGGCUGGUGGACACUCACCAACUUGGAGGAGGAGGAGUACCAGCACUCCCUGCUGCAUACAGUCCUCUCCUAUAAUUCCUUGGAAGCAUGGCAGAGUAAAGACCUCUCUAGAGUUACAGGAGAACAAGGAAUUCAGCCCACCAGCACCAUGGCCUGAGGACCCCAUAGCAUGGUCCUUUGAUGUGCUGGGGCAGGACCUGCUCUGAGUACUGACUGCAAGAGGUGUUCUCUCAGAGACCCAAAACUGAAAAACAGAGUGGGACAUUUGAGCUUCCCAGAGGUGAUCCCAUUUUGCUCUCCCUGCCAGCAUUAGACCCUCCCAGGGUUUCUGAUAUACACUGAGGCAAAGGAGCUUCUGGAGAUGGAAGGAAACCAGAUAACCCUGGACAGCCUUGACAAGGGCACAGAUAACCCAGCUUUCAGCUUCGAGGGAGAGAACAGACACUAUGAGGAAUGUGGUGGUCGACGCAGUGAGAACCAAGAGGAGAGAAGAGAAGGGAAAGGGAGAUUCUCCUCCUACUGCAGGAAGGCCCUGCAGCCGGCAUCCAAGGCAAAGCAUUUCUGCAAGGCUCAUGCCAAGGUGUUGAGAAGAGUUGUCCUGGGGCUCCUUGGAGUAGCCUAUCUAUGCUACUUCAUUGCGGCCUGUUACCUCAACUUCCAGCGAGCCCUUGCCUUGGUGGUCAUAACUGCUGUGGUUGUCUUCUUUAUCUGCUGGGAGGUCUUCCAGAAGUACUGUGGGGCAAAGGUUCUGCUGUUCCUCCGCCCCGUUGGGAAGUGCUUCCAAAAGUCCUGGCCGUGGCUGAAAUGGAUCCUGUGGGUGGCCCUCCUGGCGGGCCUGAUUGUAUGGCUGGUUUUGGACACUGGCAAAAACCCAGAGCAGCUCAUCUCAUUAGGUGGCUUCAGCUUUUUGGUGCUGUUCCUGUUUGCCUGCUCCAAGCACCACGGUGCGGUGUCCUGGAGAGCUGUUUUCUGGGGUCUUGGUUUGGAGUUCUUACUCGGACUCUUUGUCCUCCGAACGACUCCUGGCACCCAAGCUUUCCAGUGGCUGGGAGACCAGGUCCAGUACUUCCUGGGCUACACCACAGCUGGCUCCAGCUUUGUCUUUGGAAACACACUCAUUGAAGAAGUCUUUGCCUUCCAGACCCUGCCCAUCAUUGUUUUCUUCAGCUGUGUGAUGUCCAUCCUCUACUACCUCGGUGUCAUGCAGUGGCUUAUUCUCAAGAUCUCCUGGCUGCUUCAAAUCUCAAUGGGCACCACUGCCACUGAGACUCUCAGUGUGGCAGGCAACAUUUUUGUGGGACAGACCGAAGCCCCGUUGCUCAUCCGCCCAUAUCUCAUGGACAUGACCCUGUCAGAAAUCCAUGCUGUGAUGACUGGUGGCUUUUCCACCAUCGCAGGCAGCGUGAUGGGAGCCUACAUAUCCUUUGGGAUUGAUGCAGCGUCACUGAUCGCAGCUUCUGUGAUGGCUGCGCCCUGUGCCCUCGCCAUGGCCAAACUUGUCUACCCUGAAGUGGAGGAGUCCAAGUUCAAGGGCAAAGCAAGCAUCCGCCUCUCCCGUGGGGAAGAGCAGAACAUCUUGGAAGCUGCUAGCAACGGGGCUGCCGCCUCCGUGGGGCUCGUGGCCAACAUUGCGGCCAACCUCAUCGCCUUCUUGGCCGUGCUGGAGUUCAUCAACGCUGCCCUCCGCUGGUUCGGGGAGAUGGUAGACAUCGAGGGUCUCACCUUCCAGGUGAUCUGCUCCUAUGUCCUCAUGCCUCUGGCCUUCCUCAUGGGGGCAGACUGGGCAGACUCACCGCUGGUGGCUGAGCUCCUGGGGAUCAAGAUCUUCCUGAACGAGUUUGUGGCGUACCAGCAGCUGGCCACAUACAAGAAGAACCGUCUGAUGGGCCUGGAGGAGUGGGACGGGAGCCGGAAGCAGUGGAUAUCUGAGCGAGCCGAGAGCAUCACCACCUUUGCCCUCUGUGGAUUCGCCAACCUCAGCUCCAUUGGCAUCACGCUGGGAGGCCUGUCUUCCAUGGUGCCCCAGCGCAAGGGCGACUUUGCCUCCGUGGUGCUGCGGGCCCUGCUCACUGGCAUGUGUGUCUCCAUGCUCAAUGCCUGCCUGGCAGGUCUCCUCCACGUGCCAACAGAGGUGGGUGACUGCGCAAUAUUCUUCAGCACCACCAACUUCAGCUCGACCAGCUACACCAUGUACACCUGCUGUAAGCAGCUCUUUGCCAGCUCAGUGCUCCAAAAUGGGACUCUGUCCUUCAACGGAUCCUGGGCUGAGGAGGCAGAGAGCAUGCAGUGGCUUAAGAACUGCUGCACGUAUUACAACCACACAUCCUGUGCAGGGACAUUCUAGAACUGGGGGAACACCAGGGCCUACAAGGCUUAUCCCCAAAAGCAGAAAAAACUCCAACAGAAACCUGAGUGUCUGGUCUUCUCCACUCCAAUGCUGACGGAACAGCUGCAUGCCCCUCGCAGCCUUCACCCUUAGUUGCUGGCCCUGUGGACACAAGGAGCAACUCCCAAAUAAAUUAUGGCAGCCCUUAUGUGCUUGCCCUCAGACUCCUUCUGGCCCCUGACUAUGGCUGUCCUACACAGCACAAGGUCCUCUGCUGGGGCUGCACCCCAUGCCCACUGCAGAC